AAAACUUAUUCAGUUUAAAAGCUAUGUUUUCUUCCCGCUAGCGAGUGUACUUCCACUGCCACGUACUUCCAGUUUCAUGGCCAAACAUUCACCUAGGGAUGAUAAUUACGAUCAAUUGAACAUCAACGCUCUAUUCGAUUCCCUGUUUGCUGUUUCCGAUUCCGCCUUAAUAGACGCCUCAUUCGAUGGCUUUAUCGAAUCUAGAUCUACCGAUUCCCACCAAAACGAUGAUGAUUUUAUCGAACGUGCUAUUCACCUCUCAUCCGUAUUGCUCGAAGCUGCCAAGAGAUCCGCUCGUGAACGCUCUUCCGUUCAUAAUGCAUCCGUCUGGCCUCUCACUCCGGACCUCACAAUCAAGGUUUUCUCUAUGCUUGAUACCCAAAGCCUAUUCUGUGCUGGGGCUACGUGUUCGAUUUUUAAGAUGUGCGCCAUAGAUCCUCUGUCUUAUAUUAAUAUUAACUUGGGUACUUUAAUACCCAAGAUCAAACCCAAGAUCAAUAACAACAAAGAUGCUAUGGUAUCUACGAUGAUUCAACGAGUUGGAAGUGCGCUUCAGUAAUAUCUCUUAAUUCCCUCUUGUGAUAUGGCUCAUUUUGUCAUUUAAUUAUAUUUGGUAAAAUUCUUAUUGUCGGGUAGUAUUUUAUGAAAGCCCUUUUCAUUCAAAGAGCAUA